CUGGGAGGCCGACCCGGCCGUUCGCUUGCCCCUCUUGACAGGGGCGAUGGAGGUUCAGGGUCUGGGUGUCAGCAUUGGCUUCUGCCUGAGCAGCUAUGGGAGGGCACGGGCUGCAGUGCUGAGACCGCUCUCCACCCGGCACAGGGCCAGUCCUGCGGGCGUGCUCGGGCCUUUUCGACCCUAGUCUCCUUGGGGUAUCCACCACUGGGAAAGCGUGUAAGCGAGGCAAGGCCGUCCGCGCGCCCCACGAACUGGCCUUAGUCCGGGAGCCUGGAUGUCGCUGGGACCCUGUGGGAUACUAGUACCGGUGGGAAGGACUAGCGGAGCUAGUUGCCGCGUCUCACUGCGCCUGCGCCAGGGGCGUGCGGCCCCGCCCACUUCCAGUCCCAGUGGGUCGCUCGCCCCAGGUGGCGGGAAGUCCGGGGGAGGAGCCUGUGGUGGGGCAUCCUGGGAGGGGCGGGGCAAGGUGUCCGCGGGCGGUGGCCGGCGGGCUCCAGUCUCGGCUGGUGGAGGGCGGAGUGCUGUCCUCCCAAAGGUCCAGAACUGCUGUUCAUGAGCCCAGAGGGUCCCGCUGUCCUGCCAGCUAGCCCGCUCGGAGCGCCAUGGCGCAGCCGCCGCCGGACGUGGGAGAGGACGAGUGUCUUCCUGAGUACCGGCACCUCUUCUGCCCGGACCUGCUCCAGGACAAAGUGGCCUUUAUCACGGGAGGUGGCUCUGGAAUUGGGUUCCGGAUUGCUGAGAUUUUCAUGCGGCAUGGCUGCCACACGGUCAUCGCCAGCAGGAGCCUACUGAGAGUUUCCAUGGCUGCCAAGAAGUUGAUUGCUGCUACUGGCAGACGGUGCAUCCCUUUAUCUAUGGAUGUCCGAGCUCCCCCAGCCAUCAUGGCCGCUGUGGACCAGGCACUGAAGGAGUUUGGCAAAAUUGAUAUCCUUAUUAAUGGUGCGGCUGGAAACUUCCUGUGUCCCGCCAGUGCUCUGUCCUUCAAUGCUUUCAGGACUGUGGUUGACAUCGACACCAUUGGCACCUUCAAUGUGUCUCGUGUGCUCUAUGACAAGUUCUUCCGGGGUUGGGACCAUGGAGGGGUGAUUGUGAACAUCACUGCUAUGAAUGUCCGGGGGCAGGUGCUCCAGAUGCACGCAGGCUCUGCCAAGGCGGCUGUGGAUGCGAUGACACGGCCUUGGCUGUGGAGUGGGGUGCCACAGAACAUUCGCAUCAACAGCCGCCCAGGCCCAGUCAGUGGCACAGAGGGCUUACGGCGACUGGGUGGCUCCCAGGCCAGAGUGAGCACAAACGCCCUUGCGAGCCCCCUGCAGAGGCUGGGAAACAAGACGGAGGUUGCCCACAGUGUGCUGUACCUGGCCAGCCCUCUGGCUUCCUUUGUGACGGGGACCAUGCUGGUUGUAGAUGGUGGGGCCUGGCUGACAUCCCCCAAUGACACCAAGCAGCUGGCAGACUUCGAAUCCUCCUCUGCUAAGCUCUAGGUCCGAGAUGCAAACCAGCAUGUCCUCAACAACGGUUCAGGAAGAAAGUGCAUGUGAUGAAAGGCACCGUGUGCUGUAUCUGUUGAAUCAACAAGCAAGCAAAUCCCAGCUUCUUUACCCACCCUGUCAAGAGGUAUGCAGGUUAUUUCCCAGCUAUCGCCAUGAUUCAUAGGCUGCAGCAAGCAUCUGGGUAUACUCAUGUUUCAUAAAGCAAAGAGAAUCUUGCAACUGCCCAGAAUAAAUGAUGGUGAUUUGGGGAGUUCCACCAAUGACUUCUGUUGCCAUGGUAACCUGGAACAAGCCAGCUCUGGCCUGUGUGUACUACAAACCCUGGGACCAGCGCCUACUCCCCACACUUUCCCCUCGCUGGGAGGUUUUCCCAGAUGCUAGGAUCUACCUGUCUGUCCCCUUCUCCCCCUCCCUUCCCAGCUUGGGGCAAUGGCAGACAGAUGAGGAUGCCUUUCUAACUUGGACAUUUGUCCACCCACCAAGUGAGCCAAGUGCCUGGGACCCAGAAGAACAUGAGCUGAGCUGGGUAUAGUGGCCAUGCCUGUGACCCUAGCCUCUUGAGACAGGAGAGUCAUAAAUUCUAGGCCAGCCUCAGCAACUCUAACACCCAGCAACAUCCCCCUAGAUUCAAUCCCCAGUACCAAAAUAAAUAAAUAAAAUGAAAGCAUUAAGUGACUCCUGGGAGAAGCUGAUGUCUCCAGUGGUUCUCCGUCUUCU